AUGGCUUAUCGAUCUUUUUCCAACAAUGGUUCACCUAUUCGCCAGGACAGCCAUGCUAUGCAUAUGGAGGCAAGAAUCCUUAGAGAUUUUGACACCAUCGAUGCUUCACUGAUGGGCAACAUGAACAUCGAAAAAUUCUCAGACUACAUUGCACGAGAACGCCUGAGCUCCAUGCCUCAUCGCGGUAGUCUUUGGGAUCGGGUAUUGCGCUGGGCUGAGUUUUACGCCCUGCAAAUCGACAACUAUGCUAAGAAGAUUGAAGCGUUCGUCCCCGAAAGCCAGUGGGCAGCGAAACAGAUCUAUACACUACUGCGCAGCAUCGUUGAGCUCGGAGAAACCAACGCUGACGCCCUCAACACAACCUUCUCGAUCUUCUACAAGCUUGGCCUUUCAUUGUCGUUCUUAUCUUCGCAUGAUACACAGCUUAGCUUGAGCAGUGAUGUCCGAGAGGAUGUCAGUAGAGCUUUCCGUGAUAUCCACCUCCUAGUAUUCGAUGUGGCAUCUCACUACCAAGGGUCUGUUCGCGGUCUCACGCAGGGUGCUGUCACUCUCGAUUUCACCCUUCUCUUCCGGGAGCAUCUCAACAACUUUCACAGCUGCAAGAACCGGUAUGUCAGGUUCGGACUCUCCAGUGUAAACGUAGCUGAUACUCUCUAG